GGCCAGAGAAAGGCAGCAUCCGAAAUGACAGGCCAAGUCAAGCGCCCAGCGUCCCCCGCCACCUCGUCAGCGAACAAAUGCCGUCGUCAGAUCAGACGAGCGGGCAUCGCAUGCCGCAACUGUCGUGGACGGAAGGUCAGAUGCGAUGUGGAACACGGCAGCCCAUGCACCAAUUGCCGCCUAGACAAAGCGGAUUGUAUCAUCGCAGAUAGGAGGAGAAGGUUCGUCAAAUUUAGGCCGUUUGAAAAACAGUAUAGGUUUCCAAGUCGACAAUUAUCUUACCCCCAAAAUGAUUCUGCUGAGGCCAUGCGCAACGCGUCACAUGCUAGUGGCUGCGGUCGCGGAGAGAGCGUGGCCUCGGUGAACUCUCCCAACUUGACGCCCGCCGCGCAAUCCAACGCCUCGACUGAUCGAGAAGUAGGGAACUACGCAACCCAUCCGGCCGAGAAAGCUGGUUGGUUUCUGGAACAGGCCACUUCCGAAGUCCGGAAGCUACUUGGUUCCCGAAUUGUGCCAACUGAACCGUCCGUGACCUCCGAGUACCUUCCGAGUCCUCAACAGACCCAAAACUCCCGAAGCAAAAGCUCCGACUUGCCAUGCUACAUCAAGUCGCCUUCUGCGCAUCUAGAGGAAAGUGACAUGCAGUAUCUGGCUAUAAAAGGGGCGUUGGAAAUUCCCGAACCUCCAGUGCGUGAUCGGCUUUUGGAAAGCUACGCUGUCUACGUCCACAGUUUCUCGCCCAUUGUGAAUCUAGAUGAAAUAUUGCAAAUAAUUCACGGCAUUUAUCGAAGGAAAAGGGUAAGCCUUCCAUUGUUUCAAGCAAUCAUGUUUUCUGGAGCGGCAUCGGUCGACAUGGAGGUUCUAUCAUCGGCUGGUUUCUCAUCUCGCAUAUGUGCUCGACGGGCGUUGUUUCAACGCGUGAAGUUGCUUUAUGAGAUGGACUUUGAGACUGAUUGUCGGAUCUCCAUAAUUCAAUCCUUGCUACUGAUGACAUUCUGUCGCGAGACCGAUGGAGCGCAGAAAGAUUCGUGGUACUGGAUGGGCGCUUGCCUCACACAUGCGAUGUCUAUUGGGUUACAUCGUGACUGUUCUGCAUCAAGGCACCUGCCUCGUGAUUGGAGAUUCCGAAGGCGGCUAUGGUGGAGCAUCUAUGUGCGAGACAGAUUGAUGGCCCUGGAGUUGAAUUGCCCGACUCGUAUCCGGGACGACGAAUGUGACAUUUCUCCUUUAACUCUUGUGGAUUUUGAGAUCGACGCUGAGCCAUCGGAAGCCUCAAAGUUCCAUGAGAAACCCAGAGCUCUUCAUGACAGGGGUAGCCGUCGGACCACGGCGGUGAUUUGCAUUGAAAUAACCAAGCUUUGCGGCCUCAUUAGUGGCAUCCUUUCGACACUGACGUACAAUUGUGCGCAAGGAACACACCCAGCUGAGCAGAUCAUGCCAGAUGAGAGUUCUGCAAAAGAGUCUCAGGUCCAAUUUUACGACAAUGAGUUGCGUGACUGGCUAAAUACGGUUCCUGCAGAUGCCCAGUACUCUUCAUUCCCCUCUACACGUGUUUCAGACGCAAGCCGAAACCUGCAUCUUCAUUCUGGAUUUUUAAAGGUUAUUUAUCUCUUUCUUAUCCUUACAUUGCAUGACCCACGAGCCUUCCAAAACGAAAUCUGGAUGCCAAACUCAGACUUUUGUUCCACACCAAAACGACAAGUUUCCUUCGCGGCAAAGGAGAUCACGGGCAUCAUGUGGUCCUUAUAUAAUGCAUCACUGACUCGUUAUCUGCCUACCUCCGGGCUUGCAAUUCUUUACCACGUCGCCAGGACCCACUUCCUCGGUAUGAGAUCAGAUAAUCCUCGGGUUCGAAUGGAAAGCCUACGUCAGUUCCGACAAUGCGUUCAUGUUCUACAAAGCUUGAGGGAAACACACGCCCCGGCCGAACCUGCCCUUCUGUCGCUGCAGCAAUGUACACGCAAAGAGGACAUUGACUUAAUGGUCAACACAGCAGAAGCACAUGGAGUCGAUGCAUCGACAACAGGUACCCUCGUCCAGUCCCCAGUUUCAAUGACUGAGUCGGUACAAACACUGUAUUCGAGUCAAGCUGGUGAUCCGCUUGACUCUGCUCUUCCUGGAUCCAAAACCGAUUUUUCUGAGCCCCAACCUUUUUCCGAGUUCCCGGAUCUUCCAGUUAUGAGAAACGAAUCAUUACUGGACCACUGUUUCCCUAACCAACUUUGGACGGCAGAAUACGACGAAAUGCUCCAGGGGUGUUGCAAGGACAAUAAAGUAUCGAUGUUAGCAACCAGUAGAUCAUCAAUUCAUAGCGAGAAGGACACAAGAAUGUUUGAAGCAGAGGGGGACGUUUUCGUGGGCGAUUACCUUGAAUUGGAUGAUACAUUGAUUAUCUACUGA